AUGCGCCGUGAAGGCUAUUUUAUAUCUACUUAUACUUGCCUGCUUUUUCUGUUAACUUUUAGAUCGAUUUUAACUUUUCCCUGGAUGGAGUUAGGGGGCAAAGUUAACAUCAACUGGGCUAAGACAGGUUACAACGCUUCAAUCACGUUUCACACCAAGCCGUUUUAUGGCGGGAAACUUCACCGCGUCACGGGUGAAGCCAAGAACACUUCAACAGGACGGGUCAUCUGUAAAGUUAAUGGCGAGUGGAAUGGAAAAAUAGAAAUCAGCUUCACAAGUCACCAGGUUUGUGUUUAUUUCUGUUACGCUUAA